AUGAUUGAAUAACAACAUUUAAUGAAUUAUAAUUUAUUUAAUAGAAUAAUAAAACAAGUUUGUGUUCAAAGGUAAUACUAGUCCAUUAAGAUAUGUAUUUUCUUUUCUGACAAUGAUACUUGAGAAGGAAAAAAAUCCAAAUAUGCCUAGCUAACUGUACAAUCUUUGAAGUGAUCAACUUACAUCCAAAAGUCUGAAACUUGAUUACCCUCUCUCAGUAGCAAAACUUAAAUAAUUAUAAGUCAUAACAUUAUCCAACUCAUUACAAAGUCCAGUUGAUAGUGAACACACUCUUCAUCAGACAGGCUCUACAGAGAUACGUAUUCUGCCUGAGGCACAGUGGAUCCUCUGUUGUCUUCCGUUCACCCAAAACUUAUUUUACUUUCCUGGCUAACUUACAGUGGACCUGUCAUCCUUGAUUGUAUUACUCUCAUUGUGUCAAUCUGUAUUUUUUGCCUCCACAAUCUUUUUAAGAUAAUGAAUUCCAUACAAUUUCUGUGUAAAAUAAUUUUAUUUUUCCAACUCUAAUUCUUUCAACCUUAAAGGAUAUCCUAAGGGUUGAGAAGAGGGGUUUUUAGAUUUCUGGGUUAGCCCCUUAACACCAGUGGUAGAUUUAGCUGACCUUUAGCCUUGUCUUUCUUGACAGGCAUUGGGUAGAAUCAUAUGCAAGACUGUUUGCAUUGAGCUGGUACUGAAGUUUGAUUAUGCACUUCCUUGAUUUCUUUGCCUUUUCUUAUUAUGACCAGUUUGUUGGCCUUUUAAGCUAUUGAAUCAAAGUUUUUAGAAAAGCACAUUUCUGGGAAAGCCCUUACUGAAGCCUGUUAACUCACUUCUUAUAAUGAUAAAGGCAGGUAUUUUGAUUGUUUCCAUUGAAUGAAUUAUUUUGUACUUAGUUGACAUACGUGUCCCUGCCACUUUUCUGUUAUAGUGUUUCAGGCUUGCCAUUUCACUGCCCAGUGGAGCUAAGUGGCACCUGCAAACAGGACUUUCACUAUGUGAGCUCUGUCACUAUGGGGUAUGUGGAUCAUAGCCACAUCUAAAUACAUAAAGAAAGGUUACUGAGAGUAUUAACUAUGUAAAAACACCUAAUAUAGGGCCUAGGACAAAGAAGGCAUUCAAUAAAUACAUAUAUUUACACACACACACACAUACACACACAUUAUAGCUCUUUCUGAAUGUCCCUUCUGAAUGUCCUAAAGGAUACAUGUAAUAGAUUCUUUAAUUUUAUCUUUGAUUUAGCAUGACUGCUAUCUUCCUGAUGUCCAUGCUUUUUGGCCUUGCAUGUGGGCAAGCAAUGGCUCUUUGUAUUCCAACUGAGUAUAUGAUGCAUGUCGAAAGGAAAGAGUGUGCUUACUGCCUAACCAUCAACACUACCAUCUGUGCUGGAUAUUGUAUGACACGGGACUUCAAUGGCAAGCUGUUUCUUCCCAAAUAUGCUCUGUCCCAGGAUGUUUGUACAUAUAGAGACUUCAUGUACAAGACUGUAGAAAUACCAGGAUGCCCACGCCAUGUUACUCCUUAUUUCUCCUACCCUGUAGCUAUAAGCUGUAAGUGUGGCAAGUGUAAUACUGACUAUAGUGAUUGUAUACAUGAAGCCAUCAAAACAAACUACUGUACCAAACCUCAGAAGUCCUAUGUGGUGGGAUUUUCUAUCUAACUUCAAUUGUGAUGUAAUUUGCAAUUUGGUUAAAUGUGUUUACCUGGAAUAAAACUAAUAAAAUAUCGAUAUAUUUC